GGAUGCAGAAGGGGGCUGCUGCAGGAAACAGAUAGCGCUGUGCGAGCUUGCAAGCCUGAGGCAUUUCUGCAAGGAGUCUCUACGGUUCUCGGAGGGCUUGGUCAUGGGGCACUCCGGAGGCACUGCCAGUCCCCUUAUCUUCCGUAGCACUGAGCUGGCAGUGGGGAUAGGCUGACAGAGCAGGAGAAGGAACUCAGCCUGGGACGGAACCACUCCCCUCUCUCUGGGCAAAAUAUGAAACCCACAGCCCCUGGUUCCUGACCUCUUAGAUCUACAGGGAGUAGUUCAGCGUUGCAACAUCUCCUUUGCAUGCAGAAGGUCCCAGAUUCAGUCACUGGUGUCUACAGCUAUGGCCAAGACCACCCGUUAUGUGGCCGCCACGCAGGAUGACCACUCCACCGACACGAUUCCCAAUGGGACUUCAGCCUCCUCUGGCCAGCCCCUCGCGAACUCCUCCAGCCAGCCCCCUGAGGACUCCAUGAAACUGAAGAAGGAGAUCUCCCUGCUCAACGGCGUCUGCUUGAUCGUGGGCAACAUGAUUGGCUCUGGCAUCUUUGUCUCGCCCAAGGGCGUGUUGAUGUACAGUGACUCUUACGGCCUCUCCCUCGUCAUCUGGGCUGCAGGGGGCCUCUUCUCUGUUUUUGGGGCUCUCUGCUAUGCCGAACUGGGCACCACCAUCAAAAAAUCAGGGGCCAGCUACGCAUAUAUCCUGGAGGCCUUUGGGGAGCUGCCAGCCUUCAUCCGCCUUUGGACCUCUCUCCUCAUCAUUGAGCCCACCAGCCAGGCAGUCAUUGCCAUCACCUUCGCCAACUAUCUGGUGCAACCCAUCUUCCCAUCCUGCGAGGCGCCUUACCUGGCUGGCCGUCUCUUGGCUGCCGUCUGCAUCUGCUUCCUCACUUUUGUGAACUGUGCCUAUGUGAAAUGGGGCACCCGAGUGCAGGAUCUGUCCACCUAUGCCAAGGUGCUGGCUCUCAUUGCAGUGAUCAUUGCCGGCAUAGUCCGCAUUGGGCAAGGACAUUCGGAAAACUUUGCAGACUCUUUUGAAGGAUCCUCUUGGCACACAGGGGACAUUGCGUUGGCCCUCUACUCUGCCCUCUUCUCCUACUCUGGUUGGGACACCCUCAAUUUUGUCACGGAAGAAAUUAAGAACCCUGAAAGGAACCUGCCCCUCUCCAUUGGCAUCUCAAUGCCCAUUGUAACAGUGAUCUACAUCAUGACCAACGUGGCAUAUUACACAGUGCUGAGCAAGAUGGAAAUAUUGACAAGUGAAGCUGUUGCAGUGACGUUUGCCGAUCAAGUUUUUGGAGUUAUGAACUGGACAAUCCCCUUUGCUGUAGCCUUGUCGUGCUUUGGGGGCCUUAAUGCGUCCAUCUUAGCAGCCUCCAGGUUGUUUUUUGUUGGUUCCCGUGAGGGACACCUGCCCGAUGCCAUUUGCAUGAUCCACGUCAAGCGGUUCACACCUGUGCCAGCGCUGCUUUUUAAUGGGGCCAUGGCCCUGAUCUACCUCUGUGUAGAAGACAUCUUCAAGCUCAUCAACUACUACAGCUUCAGCUACUGGUUCUUUGUGGGCCUGUCGAUUGCAGGGCAGCUCUAUCUACGCUGGAAGGAGCCAUCAAAGGAACGUCCCCUCAAGCUCAGUAUAAUCUUCCCCAUCAUAUUCUGCCUCUGCACCAUCUUCCUGGUAGCUGUCCCCCUCUACAGCGACCCCAUCAACUCCGCCAUCGGUAUUGCCAUCGCCGCUUCCGGGUUGCCUGUCUACUUCCUGGUGGUGCAGGUCCCUGAGCAGAAGAGGCCACAGUGCCUGCGUCGGGCCGUGGCCUCCGUGACGCGGCUCAUCCAGCUCGUCUCCUUGUGUGUCCUGACGGAGAUGGAUCCCGACACGGAUGUGAAGGCCCAGUGAUGGAGAUGCAGUUGGGGGGAGGCCGGCUUCUCCCCACUUGCUCCUUUUGUAACUGACUCUAAUUUAUUGCUUGCUACUUUGUUGGGAGUCAGGGAUGGCUGCCGGAACGGAAGGACUCUCUCAUUUUCCCCAUACCGCUUUUGGUGCACAGGAGUCCCCCACCCCACCCUGGCAGCCAAGUCCCAGUAAACCCUCCGCACGCCACA